AUGAUCCAACUUGAAGAGAGGGAUAUGCCGAAAAUCCCAGGUACUUUACUUGGACGUGAAGAGUGUCAAGAAUUACGAUUCAUGAUUGCGGAUUUAUUGGGAAGAAAGCAACCUACAUUUCCAGGGUCACAACCAGUUUCAUUUGAGAGAUAUCAUUUAACUACCUUAAAAUCUAAAGAUUAUUAUGUUUGUGAGAAAUCAGAUGGGUUAAGAUGUCUUUUAUUCAUAUUAAAUCACCCAGAAAAGGGUGAAGGGGUGUUUUUAGUCACCAGAGAGAAUGAUUAUUACUAUGUGCCGAACAUCCAUUUCCCACUUGAUAAAGAAGAACAUGGACAAACAUUCCAUCAUGGUACUCUUCUUGAUGGUGAACUUGUAUUGGAAACGAAGAACUUGCCUGAACCAGUGUUAAGAUACUGUAUCUUUGAUGCACUUUCAAUCAAUGGGAAAGACAUUACAAGAAGACCAUUGCCCACCAGACUUGGAUAUAUUACUGAACAAGUGAUGAAACCAUUUGAUAAUUUUAAAAGGAAAAACCCAGAUGUAGUCAAUGCUCCAGACUUCCCAUUCAAAGUAAGUUUUAAACUUAUGACAUCUUCAUAUCGUGCAGAUGAUGUUUUAUCUAAGAAGGAUCAAUUAUUUCAUGAAUCUGAUGGACUUAUUUUCACAUGUGCUGAAACACCUUAUGUAUUUGGAACUGACCAAUCCCUCCUUAAAUGGAAGCCAGCUGAAGAAAAUACAAUUGAUUUCAAGAUGGAAAUUAUUUUCAAUACUGUUCAAGAUCCUGAUAUGGAUGAAAAGGAUCCGGAUUCUACAUUCAUUGAUUAUGAUUCAAAACCUAACAUUAUAAAACUUUGUGCCUGGAGAGGAGGUUCUGAAUAUGAAGAUUUUUCGAAAUUAUAUAUUACAGAGGAAGAUUGGGAAAAUCUUAAGGCACUUAAUGAACCUUUACAAGGUCGAAUAGUCGAAUGUAGAAAACGACCAAAUGACCCAGAACACUGGGAAAUGCUUAGGUUCAGAAAUGAUAAGAGCAACGGUAACCAUAUCAGUGUGGUCGAUAAGAUAUUGAGGAGUAUCGAAGAUGGGGUCCUGGAAACUGAACUUAUGAAAGAAUGUCCAUUAAUCCAUAAAGCAUGGAAGCAAAGAGCAUAUGAACGUGAGCAACGCAAAAAGUCAAUUGCAAAUGGACAACAGCCACCACCACCACUUCCAAGUGGAGCACCUCGUCUGGGACAUUCAAGUAAUGAUGAUAGACAAUUCUCGGCAAAUAAAAGACAAAAAGUUGAAGAAUCCCAUUCACAUCCACAAAAAGAACAAGAAGAACAACAAUUGAUUCAGGAUAUUCCAGUUUAUGAAGAUAGUGAUGAAGAUUAA